GGAGAAUGACUAAUUAACCUGAUGCAUGGAGAUGACCAGAACACAAGAAAACAAUGACUAGACUUAAGAACAUAAACAAGAGGAAACCAGAUCUAUCAGAAUAUAACUAAACACAUCUAACACCGGAACAAAGAAAGCAACAAAACUAACCAGAAGGAAUCUAAAUAACCAGAAAGGAAAAGAAAAGCGCCUGGCAGAGCCGAGAAGAAACCAGGAAGCUUUCUGUCACUGCUGCAAGAAGAUAAAGAGUUGAGGAAAGUUACAGCUUGUUGGCUCCACCUCCUCCGCCCUCCUCUGCAGCUACAUAAAGGUUUCACCAUCCCACUCUGACAGGACUUCACUCACAGAGAUCUCAUUAAGGUUGCACUGUGAGAACCAGUACGUCUGAACUUCUUCUUAUCCCCCCAAAAGAACAAGAAAAUGAGAGAGUGUAUUUCCAUUCACGUUGGCCAGGCCGGUGUCCAGAUGGGCAACACCUGCUGGGAGCUGUACUGUCUGGAGCAUGGCAUCCAGCCUGACGGCCGGAUGCCCAGCGAUAAGCCCACCCGUGGCUAUGAUGACUCAUUUACCACCUUUUUCAGUGAGACCGGCAACGGGAAGUACGUUCCCAGAGCCAUCUUUGUGGACUUGGAGCCUACUGUCAUUGACGAGGUGCGAACCGGAACCUACCGUCAGCUGUUCCAUCCUGAGCAGCUGAUCUCAGGAAAGGAGGACGCUGCCAAUAACUAUGCCCGAGGCCACUACACCGUCGGAAAGGAGCACAUAGAUUCUGUCCUUGACAGGAUCCGCAAACUGUCUGACCAGUGCACUGGACUCCAAGGGUUCCUGGUCUUCCACUCCUUCGGAGGAGGAACCGGUUCUGGCUUCACCUCUCUGCUCAUGGAGCGGCUAUCAGUAGACUUUGGCAAGAAAUCCAAGCUAGAGUUUGCCAUCUACCCAGCUCCUCAAGUGUCCACAGCUGUGGUUGAGCCCUACAACUCAAUCCUGACUACCCAUACCACCCUGGAGCACUCCGACUGCGCCUUCAUGGUGGACAACGAGGCCAUCUACGACAUCUGCCGUAGGAACCUUGACAUUGAGCGGCCAUCUUACACCAACCUGAAUCGCCUCAUCAGCCAGAUUGUCUCCUCCAUCACCGCCUCCCUACGUUUUGAUGGAGCGUUGAACGUAGAUCUGACGGAGUUCCAGACCAACCUGGUGCCUUACCCUCGGAUCCAUUUCCCUUUGGCCACCUAUGCUCCAGUUAUCUCUGCAGAGAAGGCUUAUCACGAGCAGCUCACUGUUGCGGAAAUAACCAACUCCUGCUUUGAACCAGCCAAUCAGAUGGUGAAAUGUGAUCCCCGUCAUGGAAAGUACAUGGCCUGCUGUCUCCUGUAUCGUGGCGACGUGAUGCCCAAAGAUGUUAACGUGGCCAUUGGCAACAUCAAAACCAAGCGCAGCAUCCAGUUCGUGGACUGGUGCCCCACUGGCUUCAAAGUGGGCAUUAAUUACCAGCCUCCAACUGUGGUUCCGGGUGGCGACCUGGCCAAGGUGCAGAGAGCCGUGUGCAUGCUCAGCAACACCACAGCCAUCGCCGAGGCAUGGGCCCGACUCGACCACAAGUUUGACCUGAUGUAUGCCAAGAGGGCCUUUGUCCACUGGUACGUUGGAGAGGGAAUGGAGGAGGGGGAGUUCUCAGAGGCCAGAGAGGACAUGGCCGCCCUGGAGAAGGAUUAUGAAGAGGUCGGCAUUGACUCCUACGAAGAAGAUGAAGAGGGGGAGGAGUAUUAAAAUCAGAUCUUUAGGAGGAACCUCAUCCAGAAGCUAAAUGAGUGCUGAUCUGCCAUUUAAUGGUGGUUAUUAAACACUCUAGAAUGGUUAUUUUAACAAGCUAAAUCCUAUUGUGUUUGGUUGUAUUAAAAACUAACUCCUAAACAACAAAGUGUUUUUUCUAAUAAAGCUGUUUACACCAA